CAGUUAUUGUUUGCAAGUGUAAGGAAAAGAAAAUGAUGAAGGAGAAAGAGAAAACCAUUGCUAUUGUGAAGGUUAUAGACACUUCAAAGUUAAAACUGGUAUCUGGAAGUAUUUUGGAUGUGUAUAGUGGUGAGCAGGAAAUUUCACCAGUUAAUAUGGGCCUUACAAGUGCUUCUUGUCCAAGUAGUCUACCAAUGAAAAGAGAAAUUACAGAAACAGAUACUCGAGCUUUGGCCAAGGAGAGACAAAAAAAGGACAACCACAACCUCAUUGAAAGAAGAAGAAGAUAUAAUAUUAACUACCGAAUCAAGGAGCUUGGCACUCUUAUUCCAAAGUCUAAUGAUCCUGAUAUGCGCUGGAACAAAGGAACCAUUCUAAAAGCAUCAGUGGAGUACAUCAAGUGGCUACAAAAAGAACAACAGAGAGCUCAAGAAUUAGAACACAGACAGAAGAAAUUAGAGCAGGCUAACAGGCGCCUUCUACUCCGCAUUCAGGAACUAGAAAUACAGGCUCGUGCUCAUGGUCUGCCAACCCUGGCUUCACUUGUCACAGUUGAUUUAGGUGCUCACAUCACCAAACAACAGACCCAUCUAGAGCAGAAUUCAGGAGACUAUUGCCAACAAUUGGUUCUGUCUCAGGGGACAAGCCCUGAACUCUGUGAUCAAGCUAUGGCCUUCUCCGAUCCUUUGUCACACUUCACAGAUUUAUCAUUUAGUGCAGCUUUGAAAGAGGAACAAAGAUUGGAUAACAUGCUGCUGGAUGACACAGUAUCUCCGUUUGGAACAGAUCCUCUGCUAUCUGCCACUUCUCCUGCAGUUUCGAAAGAGAGCAGUAGAAGAAGUAGCUUUAGCUCAGAAGAUGGUGAUGAGUUAUAAAAAAAUUAACAGGCUCAAUUGAUCAACUAGGAAGAAAUUGUGUGCUGGUGCUAUGCAAUUACAUUCUUGUUUCAUAUAUUUCUCUUGCUUAAUUUUUCUGAAAGGAAUAUAUUGGUCAUGAAACACUGGUUAGAAACAGCAGAAUUUACAGGAAGGACAAACAUGGUGUUGAAGAAUUAUUGUCAGAAAAAAAGUUUUUUUUUUCCCUCUUUGACCACUAAGUCCAAAUCUACUUAAAUUUUGUUUUUCUGGAAAGAGGCACAACAUGAGAAAUAGCUCUCUACUGAUGUUUUAAAAGGAGUCACUUGAUGAUGUGCUAUUGGAACUAACAGACUGCAAGAAUAAACUUUCUGAAACAUACAAAUGUUUUCUACCUUUUGAAACAUGCAGACAUUUUCUCACUUACUUCCGUCUUUUUCCUAUUCAAGCUCUGACUACGUUAGUUUUCAAGAAUCAAGAUCAACAAUCUGGUGGUUCAUUGCUUUUCUCCAUUGUCUGGUGGAUAUGUUGUCUAGCAUUCAAGCCUUGUAGAGCAACUAAAUAAAAGAUAGAUUAUCUACCACUUAUAAUUGAAGAGUAAAUCUAUAAUAAACUCUAGAAUUUUCCACAGUAAAACACAGAAAAUUUAUAAAAACUUUGGAUUCUAAAGACUCAAAUUCCCUUUGUCAGUUCAAUUACACAAAUUCUAAAAUCUUCUUUGCACAUUUAUAGAGAAGACACACACAGUCCAGAAAAGGAACAUAUUGAAUCUUUUCCUCAAGAAUAUUGGCUGGGAUUGUAUCAUAUCACUUCACACAAAUAUACUCCCCCAAACAGGUACAAAAUGGAGGAAAUAUAUGUUCUUUAUUCCCCUUCAUUCUUCUGAUUUUCUAAUCAGCAUCUGAAAUUACAUACUAAAUCAUUUUUGCUUCAUCAAGAAGAGAUAUUGGAUAAUCAGUCUCAGCAAAUAAAAUAUUGAAAGUCUACCUAAAAGGACAGGUUGUUAAUUUGUUAAAUAACACUUAUCACUGUUUCAAAAACUGGAUUUAAAUUAAUUAGUUGAUGCAGUUUUCCUUUGAAUACAUGAAAUAUUGAAAAUCAGAUUGCCAACUGACAAAAUAAUUAGUAAAACAGAAAAGCUUUCUUAUUACAUUCAGCUCUGAGUAGAAGAUACAGUGCUAUUCCUAUAAGUACUUAAAGUACCUUAUGAUCUUUGUUAGCAUUUAUUAAGAACAUUUAUACCUAUGGUGAUUUACUCAAUUUUUUCUCUCUUGAGCUUCUUCAAAGCUUUGGGAAUUUACUUACCAGGAAUAUUGCUCUGUGUUAGACCCGCAUGAACAAUCAUCUGAUCAAUGAGCUUUUAGGGAGAGAUAUUGAAAACUGCAGUAAGUUUUAUGAAAAUAUAGAACAGAAGAGCAAGAUAUGGUCUUACUCCUCAGGGAGUUAACGAGACUGCAUAAGAAACCACAACAAAAGAUAGAAGACUUUUAAAAUUAAAGUCUACAUGGUGCGGUAUAAACUGCAAAUACUGAAGUUCAGAAAAAAUAAAAUUGAAGGCUGGAGAAUCCCAAAAGUGUGUGGGAAGAGCAGAAUUUAAAACUUCUUUUAAAAAGCAUACGUUUGGUGGAGGGGAGGCUAUACAGGAGAAUAAUAUCAACUAAAUGAUAAAAUGAGAAUAAAUUGGAAAAGUAUUUUCAUGAGACAUCCAUUAGAGAGAUCUAGAAGACGUCUGUUGGGAAUCCUGAAAACUAUUGACAACAACUUAUGAAAGUCUCUUUGAAAACGAAGAUGAAAUAAUGUAGUAGAAAUAUAUAUAUAUAUAUUUUAACCAGGAAGAAUAAGUCUGAAAAUUAAAAUUCUGCUGUGUAUUACUAUGAUAGAGAUGUAGUUGUUCAUGAAUAUUAACUUUGGGAUAAAUUUUUGAAAGGGUGCUUCAGGUUUUACUCACAUGAAAAAUAUGUCAUCACAGAAUUUGAGACUUAUUGCUAAUUAAAAUGGACAAAUACUAAAUCUUUAUGGUGUAUUAAUUAUCUCAGGGUUGGUUUAUAGCAUCAAUUCAGAGUUUGGAGAUUUGAAAUAAUUUUCACUUUUUGACAUGAAAAAACUCUAAAUUAUAGGAAUAGUCAUCAAAGCCAGGUAGAUAAAUUCAUCUGAAAUAUGUCACGUGAAAGAAAGAAUAAGAUACAUUUCCUCAAGAAUUUGAGAACAUUAUAUUGCUCAAUUGCUAAGCCAUGUCUGACUCUUUUUCACCUCAUGGACUGCAGCAAGCCAGGCUCCCCUGUCCUUCACUAUCUCCCGGAGUUUGCUCAAACUUAUGUCCAUUAAAUUGGUGAUGCCAUUAUAUACUUUAUUGCAAAAUUCUACUUUAUUAUCUGAGUUGAUAAUUUAACAUUGCAAAUCAUAGAGAAGGAAUAUAUCUUAGAGUCAAUGAAAAGCACAUCAUUCUACACAGAGGCUAAUUUCUGUAUAAUUUUAUAUGUUAUUCUAAUUUCUUCAUAUUCUAGAAAAAUCACACUAUUGAUGUCAUUAAUUUGUCAUCAUUUUCCAUUCUGCUAAAAUACUACUACUCAGCCCUGAAAGCCAUUUCUCAUAAUCUCAGCUAGUGAAUGGUUUGACACAAGAUGGUAGAGUCUGGAUGAGAGAGAUCUGGUAGAGGAAAUAUUUGCUGCAAAAGGUAAUAUUUGCUGCUACUUGCAGAUUAUAAUAGCUAUUAGGGGACUGUGAAAUAGGCAAUGGAAUUUUAAAGACAGAGUAAAAGAUAGUGGUUUGUAACAGUCAACUGAAGUAGAUUAAAAAAUUAAUUUUAGUUCUUGACUUUCAAAGGCAUUGAGAAUUUAUGGAAAGUUAUAGACCUUCUCCCUAGAAAAAUGUAGAGUUUAAAUAUGCAGCCCUAAAUUUAUAUGCACUAAGAGUUUUGUGGGACCUCCUGUAUAUCUCCUUGGAUCCCAGAUGAAAAUUUCUCACAUCAAGAGCAAAGUGUACAGUUAAUGUCAUAUAUAAUGAGGGAAGACAGAGCCUUAGUUAUCUGAAUAUCAUUAUCCAUGCUCCAGAAAUGAUAAAGUUGCAUUGGUAAGUGAAAGUGUACCAAACACUAGCUGCUUUCACUGAAAAAGUUGUGAAUAGACCCUUUCUAACAACCCCUGUCAUAUAUAUGCUUCUGUCAUAUAUUUACGCAUUUGUGGCUCAGUUUCUCUGUGAUAAUUAGAUAUUGCAAGUAUCUGACAAUGAUAUUUUAAAGUUAUAUAUAUGUAUAUAUUUAUCAAAGUAGAGGUAACAUAAAUUCACAGGCAAAUUAUUUGACUAUCUAAGAAUCAAAAAUUAUCCUUGGGAAAAUUGAUGCCUAUAAUAUUUUUGCAGAAGUGAGAUGUACAAUAGUACAUCUGAUUUAGGAGAAGUGAAGUUGCUUCGUUGUGUGCCACCUCUUUGCAAUCCCAUGGACUGUAGUCUACCAGGCUUCUCCAUCCGUGGAAUUUCCCAGGCAAGACUAUUGGAGUGGUUUGCCAUUUCCAUCUCCAGGGCAUCUUCCCUACCAGGUCUCCCGCACUGCAGGCAGACCCUUUACACUCUGAGCCACCAGGGAAGCCCACGUACAACAGUAAAACAGAUAUAUUGUCUAAAAUAAUUUUAUCACAAUAAACAUCAGCUAUCACUGGACUAUUAAUACAGAAUUUAACCAAGUAUUGUUCAUGCAAAUAAUUAUAUAAUUGCUAUCAUAAUAAAAAAAACUUGGCUAAAAUGAAAUAAAACAAUUUAAAAAUUAUUUUUAUUUAUUUUUCAAGAUAAGGUUCCAUGAAAUCUUUUUUCUCUGAAGUAUUGGCUUCCUUUCCCUGGAUUCACAUUAAACAACCCUUACAACUCUUAAUUAUCUUAAAAUAAUAAGGACUGCUUACAAGUAGAUGUAGCUUUUUGUAUGUUUUUUUCUUUUUAGUGUUCUUUCUUCUUGAAUUUUCCCCAUAACUGGAGAAUAUAUAUACAGAUAAUAUUUCCUCAGUUGACAGAUUUGAAGUCAGUGAAUAUGGCUUUCUAUGUGUGAGUACAAAAGUUCUAAGUAAUAAUUAGCCAGAUGGACUGGGAACAUUGAGAAACAGCCUUCCUCUACUUUUUAAACUCAUUCUUUGCCACUCGCAUCACUGUAAAUAAAAUAUUUAGUAGCUCUUUCUUUAAAAAAUAAACACAAUGAGUUUUUUGAUUUGAUAUGCUCAUUUACCUUCAUGUCAAGGGAGAAGUUAGAUUACACAAGGUAAAAUAUAAUUUAUUUUUUCUUUGUUUUGAUAGAUUGAGGCAUACUGGAAUUUUCUUAUACUUCAAACUAUCAUGAAAAUAUUUUUUACUCUUAUGAUAUUAUGAAAUUUUGAUAUUUUAUAAUGUCUCUAGGCUGAUAUUUACCUACCUUAUAAGGUCUAAGAUGUAGAUGAAAACUGGAAUCAAUUAAUCAUUUUGCUGUGUUAUCAACACUAGAUCAGCCACCUGGGUCUCUUGAAAAUACCUGAAGAACUGAAUUUUGCUACAGUAUUGAUUAUGGUACAUCCUAUAUCUGUUACAUGGAAUUACAUCAUUUGCCCUUCUGAUGCCCUGCUUGUUGAUAAGUACAAGAUGUCAAUUUGAUUUAGUGUAAAUUACAUAUACAGUGAUUUCAUUACAUUUACUUAAUAAAUACUUAACACAAAAUUUAGAGUGUUGCAUAUCUAAUGCAUCUUACAACCUUUCUGUAAUCGUUAUUCAUUGUAUACAUCAAUAUUUUAUCAUUUGUAUGAUUUCUAAUUUGUAUAUGAAGUAUUUAAAAUCUGAUAAAAAUAAUUUUCUUAAAAUUUUUCUGUGCUACAUUUGUUUUCUGUGAGAGUCAUAUUUUAGUAUAUAAGAGAUUAUCCAAAAAUAAUUAUUUUCAUUAAAAAACUUCCCACUGGAUUCAACCAGUUUAAUGAUGAAAUACUUUAUCUGCUGCUUUAUACAUAAAAGGGAAUUUUUUAUCUUUUUGUUGUAAAGGGAUUUGUGUAGGUAUUUAUACAUAUUCAAAUUUCUAUUGUGUUUUCUACUGAUGAAAUCUUCAGUUACAUGUCUUUUUUCCCUACAUUUAUCUAACUUGCUUCAAGAAUAAAGUUAAAGACUUUUGUGUUUCCAAUUCUACCUCUCCUAUUCCUGCACUACCAUUUUAUUUCAAAAAAUUCUGUAUUCUCAUGCUGCUUUUUCCACAGAAAUGAAUUUUAUUUGUAUGACAUUUAAAGCUGGUGAUUAUAUAUAACAGAUAAAAUAGAAAAUAUGCAAAAU